UUGACUUGAAUUUGAACAGGUGUAGUAGAACUGUGAAUGAUGUCAAGACCUGUGUUGCUUGUUUUUCUGCUUAUUGUUCUCAUAAUCACUUCCCAGUUUGAGUGGAGGCAACCACUUGUGGUUGACCUUGACGCAACUCCAAGCAUCUCCCAAAAGCAGAAUCAGAUCUCAAAUAGGGAAGAAGCCGUAAAAGAGAAGGUGACAAGUCUCUUCCUAAUUCCAGUUUUCUUUUUGUAUUUGAUUAUAAAAUGGAGAUGUUUAUUGUGCAAAAUCUUUCUUGAACUUUAUGAUGAGCUGCGUAUUGUAUAUUUUCUUUCAUUAGCUGGAAUGCUCGUUGAUAUUACGUGAAACGGAAAUUGUAUGUUUUUUAUCAGUUAGUCUUAGUUAACUGCAAGCAUGUGAUUUCAUUUGUUUGUGUUUCUUUUUUAUCCUAUUUCAUUUCAUAAGGUUUAAAACUCAUAUGGAAGUUGCAACCCGAACCCAAUUACAUCCCUGAUUCUACCCCCAGCCCCAACAAAAACCACUUCGUGUUCUCCUUUCACUUCCCCUCUUAGCAAAUGUGAGAUCUAAUACUUUAGUUUUGCUGUUCACUAACCACCAGCAAUGUUUAUUUCCAUCCCCCUAUUAUUAGUUUGUGAGUAGAUGAAGCUAGUUAACUUGCAUCUGUAGCAUUAACUAAAACAAGCAUGAAGGUCUUCUCCUCGAGACAAAAACAUUUAUGUAGGUUUAUUUUGACCGUAUAUAGAUUGCUUGAAUAAAAUUGGAAAGCAAUAAGGUAGUAUCAAGAAAGAAGCAUCUUUUGAGCGUAAGUCAUAGUUAUACAUUCUCCACACUUUUUUUCCGUUAGUAGAUUAGAUUCCUAUCCGUACUUCUGCUUUAUUUGACCUGUAGGGGUCGUUUGGUACGGCGGAUUAUCAUGGACUGGACUAAAUCCUGGGACUAUCUUGGAUUAGCUCGGAUUGGCCUAAACUGGAUUAGGUACUGACCUACGUUUGGUGAUGUGUCUGACUAAGAAGCUGGAUUGUAA